AUGAGCGUAUUGCGAACAUAUAACUCAAAAAAUAUUAGUGGUUAUGAAUCGGGAAAGAUGCGACACCUUGUUUUCUCCAAUAAAUGCACGCUGAACCAUGGUACGCUGCCAGUUUAUAUAGCAGGUGACUUGGCAACUGCACGAAGGCGUCAGUCAGGCACUACAUACGAGGUAGAGAUUAGUGUGGGGAGCACACGCCGCUUGCCUUUCCAGCUCAAGAUGCAUUUGCAAGGCCCCUCCACGCGGUUGCCAAAGUUUAGACCCAAACCGGAGACCGCGGAGUUAAAAAAAAAGGAGCUCCAGCCGAAAACCGAAUCGGCAUCGGACAAUCUGCUAAGUGUUCUAAAUAACAUUUUUGAAAUCAGUAGUGUAAUUAAAAACAGUCAGUUAUUGUCGCGGUUACCACUCUCAAAGGCGGGGGGAAAUAUUGGGCGUCCACCAACCGGUUUCACCACGUCCUCGGGAACCGACUCUCAGAGUGACCUUAGAAAUGCCACGCCCGCGCACGGACAGGCAUCGGCCGACCAUGCCCAGCGCCCCAUCGUCACCCCUCUUCAUCCGCCAGUUUCCGAUCCGGCUCAGCCAGGCAUCCGCCCAGCCGCCACUUCCCAAUCCCUUCAUGCACUCCAAGCGCACGCCGAUGAAAGCAGUAUUUCCGCCAACCAGGCAUCCGCUCCCGGAACCCAAGAUCGAGCCUCUGCUUCCAACGCUUCAAGAACGGAGCUCCGCGUCCCCGCCCCAGCCCCGCACGGCGACCAGCCAGCCACCCACUCACCAAACACCCUCACGAAGGAGCUCCCAAAGCCCCCUUCCCGCCGAAAGUACCCCUUUACCCGCCCCUCCCCGCCUGGGACCAGCGCCAGUCCGGCCCGACGUUCUUCGGCAACCGUCUUUUCCUCGCAUGCCACUCAGGGAAUCGCAGGUGAAUCUCCCGGCCCCGGCCUGGCUCAGGGACACGACUCCCGCGUCGAUGCCGCCGCGCCUCAUUCCUCUGUCCAGGAGGUCGCACUUUCCUCUUCGAAAGCCCGUGCUCCACCCGCAACAACCCUCGCCCCGCCGGCUGUGAAAGGCAAAUGCGAAAAGCCUUGGGUGACGCUUUAUAUGGCCGGGCGGUUGGGGAACCAGCUCUGUGAAUACGCACACCUGAUGGUGCUGCAGAUUGAGCACGGAGCACAGGUGUUCUUGAUGCCAAAUAUGCAUAUUGCGCUACACAGACCGUUUCCAAAAAUAUCCAUUAAGGUGAAACCCAAGGAAUGCAAUGCCACCAAGCUUAAAACCUUCCCCUGGAGCAAGCUGGAUGCGAAGUUGCAGGAAGACGGAAGUUUGAAUGCCUCGGCUGCUACCAUAGGAUACCCGUGCAAUGUUGAGAGGUUCUGGAAAUACAGGGAUACGUGGAAGAAGGAAUUCGCCUUCUCUGAUACCAUCCGUCAGAAGAACCGCCAGAGAAUGAAGAAGGUACUCGAGCAGUGGCGCAGCAGGCAGGGCAACGUGACGAGAGAAGGAGGGAAAGAAGCCAAUCCCGUGGUGGUCGGAGUCCAUGUUCGAAGGACGGAUUACAUCAAGUAUCUCGCGAUGAAGACCGGUGGCGGAGCUCCUCCGGGCCUCAAGUACUACAGAAACGCUUUCGAAUACUACAGGAAGAAGUUCGGUCUCGUGGCCUUCGUCGUAUCCAGUGACGACCGCGCCUGGUGUCGCGCGCACUUGGAGAAGGCACAUCGUGAUGUCGUUGUGUCACCUAUGGGUACCUUCGAGGAGGAUUUGGGACUCCUAGCAAGUACCGCCCAUGUUGUGACGUCCGUGGGCACCUUUGGGUUGUGGGCGGGACUUCUGGCAAAAGGAAGCUUGACCUAUCCAUCCAAAGUUGGAAAAAAAGUCGAAUACAUGCUGACGACAAGCCUCAACCACAUACACACUCCUGAUAUCAUUCCCAUAUCGCAAUAAUAAGGAUUUUGAUGCCAGUGUUGGGCUAGGUGUAAAGCAGUGGAUCCAGAGGGUUGCCAACAUUAUGCAGUCUGCGGAAUAUUUCUUAUAAACGAUCUCUUGUGUUUAUUAGCCUCCUCUUUUCAUUUUCUGUACAUUUCAGACUAUUCUAAUGGCCAGAUUCACAUAUUAUAUUCGGUUUAUCAAUCUAUAAAGGUGUUCCUAUUAAUUCCAGGUUUUUAUUACUGUCUUUUGAUAUCAAUGUUCUUAUUUUACGGGCAUCUCUCAUCUCGUACUUGCGGAUAUCUUUCAAAAUGUUAUAUUUCGUCAUUGUCUUCUUUCCUUGAUCAAACUGUUUCUUUGAUAACUUACAAUUAAAUCUUAUAGUUUACUCAAAAUUGUUUUUCGUGACGUCAUCAAAGGGCUACAUAAACCUCCUCUCCGAAGGCAAUAGACAAGGUCCCACUGUACCUGUAAGCCAUCAAUAUUGUCAUAUUAAUAGGUUCUAUUAAAUUGACUUGGUGGCCUGACCCUCGUGUUGACAACUCUGGCUGUUAUCGCUGCGUUUCACCUCAGCGUCCAAUGGGCAAAACACAGCGGUUUUGGCGAGAGAUCGAUUGGACAUAAAAAGGUUAAAUCCCGUUCGGCAGGCUAUUCAACCGCUCGGCCGGUUUUCGUUUGCGUCUUCCUUACUUUAUAUUAUUGCUGCCAUUACUUCACUCUGCCAUACAAUUAUCACCUACUAGAAUAAAAUCCUCGUCCAUUUGUAAAGCCCCCAACCUCUCAAAAAAAAAUUAUCAAGAUUGCCGAGCCACUGACGAGGAACCGUGCACGGCAGCAACUCGGAUGCCACUUAUCAUUCCUCCUCCCACAUGGCCAGCCAAGAGCCCUCCCCGCACGCGUUUUGCUCGUGCUAAAGUGGUUUGCAGAUGGUACCGGGCAUCCCCUCUCUGCCCCUCCAUCCCUCCCUCAAGCCCACUAAACUCUGCACUCAGCAUGGUGGGCUAAGCCUCGGCCCUUUUCUCGUCCCGCAUUUUUUUUCUUUUUUUCAUUCUUAUCCUUUCUUAUCUUUAUCAUCCCUUUACAUCCGUAUUUUAGAGCCUUUAGACAAUAAACAGCACACCCUCUGGAUUCUCGUCGGACGAAACCCGAUCCCAGUUUGUACCGGACCACACUUACGUUAUUCGCCUGGGAUUGCAUUUGCUGUAAGUUUUCUGUCCACUUCGUGUUAUUUAUUUUACUGUUACUUUGUUUUAAGGUUAUCGAAAGUCUCACCAGGGCUUUGUUUUUGUAUUGUUUUGUUUUGUUUUUGUACUUUUAGUGUUUUUUUUUUCAUGUAUCGUAUACUUUUACGCUUCGGUGAUGGAGUUUUCUAAAUGUAUCUCUGGCAGAUGCUUUACCCUAUAAUAUGCAUAAACUAUUUGGUUUCCUGGUAAAGAAUGUCAAAUCACCAGUGUGCGGAGAUCAAUGCCCGUCCUCAACCUCGCAGUGCCUUCGAUCUGUGGCUCACCGGUUCUCUAGAAUGGCAUUCCGAAUAUUUCUUCAAGAUAUAAAUUGGAGUUCUUGGAAAACAGAUUGUACAUAAAUGUAAAGGUUUAGGUUAAUCCUAUAUGUAACGAAUUCUGAAACCCGAAUGUGAAUGCUUGAAAAUAAUAAUGGUGGUGGUGAUUAUAGUAACUUGUAAUAAUAAUAUUAAUUGUAAUAAUAAAAAUAAUAAUAAAAACAACAAUAUCACCAAUAAUAACAAAAAUAAGAAUAAGAAUAAAAAUAACCAAUAAAAAGCACAUAUGCAUAGCGAUGAUAUAAAAAAUAUACAUCUAGACUACAAACUCGAACAAAUAUAAAUAAAUUCGCCCUCACCACGUAUUGGAAAAUUGUGUGAGUGGGUCUGACGUUAAUGUGUUUGCGAGGAAGGUUUACAAAGUUGGUAAAGCAGCUCGUGACUCCGAAGUGGCAUACUGAAGUGUGUUGAUAUUUCAAAAUGUAAAUGGCCACCAAAAUUAUGGUUGUUACAAUUGACCUUGUACAAAUACAAACUAUUUAUAUUUUUAAAUAAAGAGUUCACAUGACAUAAUGGCACUAAUUGUAAUAAACACUACCCAUAUUA